CAAGCAGGAUGCCGCUUUUGACAAUUGGGCAAAUAUUGACAGCCCGAAAAAGAGCGCCCAAUCGGAAGGGGGUCGUAAAGAGCCGGUCUUUUGUUGAGAGCGUUUGUAAACAGUUCCCGGUCAAUCGCUUGUUGUAUCGUUUGGGAAAAUAAAAAAGUUACAAAAUGAGUCGUGCGCUAAACCUUAGCAAUUUCCCUCCCAGCGCUGAAGUGAUUGGGUUCUCAGCCCGCGAUCAUUAUCCGGAUAUAGUGUUUACACGUGAAAUGUUGCACCCUCCCGGACACAGCCGGCGGUCGGAGAGUACGCGCGAUGUGAUGGUGCCCGUGACGGAGUCGCUUCCGAAGCGCAUACUGGCCAUCUUUAUGGAGCUCGGUUUGCUCGAAGCGCUCGGCGAAGCGACCCAGUCCGAGUCACGGUUUGUUGCCCGUGCCGCCACCUACCUGCAAAUGAUUGGCCGACGGUUCAAGCAGUACUGGCAGUCGUACCCGUGCGAACUGUCCAUGGAUCUGGUGGCAAAGCACUCGCAAACACGCAACUGGCAGAAGAGCACGAUACGCUGUCUGAGUUGGCAUCCGCUGUGCUUCAAGCUGGCCGUUGCGACCAUCGACGAUACGGUGCGUAUCUACACGCGCAACCCCGGCGUAACGCCGAUCCUGCGCAGCAGUCUCCAGAAAGCCGUUACUUGUCUCGCUUGGCGACCGUACACCGGAGGCGAGCUUGCGAUCGGAUGCCAAAGCGGCGUGCUCAUCUGGAGCGUCGAUCCGACGAGCCAGAUUACGCGGCCCCUCUCGCAAGCGGUUCAUUUGCAGCACGGACGGCACCAACCGGUCACCGCCGUUAGCUGGAGCAGUAACGGAGAGCUGCUGGUGACGGCCAGCAUCAACGACACGCAUCUGCUCGUGUGGAACGUGGAUCAGCAGCGAUGCGUUCCGAUGCAUCGCGUGAAAUUGCCCUGUGCCCUGGUCAGCUAUGCGCCGCUCGGUUACAACAUGAUCGCCAGUACAAUUGGCAAAGAUUUCUACCUCUGCACGGUACCGCCCGAGCGUGUCACGCGAGUCGGCUGGAGUACGGCAAAUGGUUCGCUACAAUCUUUCGCCUGGUCCCGGGACGAGAAGCAUCUCCUCUUUGUCACCACCGACGAUAUGAAGCUGUUCUACAUGCGGUUGUCCGGUUUGAAAAGCGCAUCGUACGAGCUGGCCUUCCCACUGGUGGAUCUCGACCAGAAACUUACUGACGGUGGUUUAGCGAUCGGUGGCAAAGCGCAAUCACUCGCCUGGUGCCCGCGGGACCGCUUUCUUGCCAUAUCGUUCAAAAACACCGCGGCCAUUGCCAUCUUUUUUACGAAUCUGGCCGGACUGCAGAUUAACAUCGAUCCGUACUGCCUCAUUUUUGGCGUGGGCGUAGAGUAUCCAUCGUGCAUGUGCUAUCAGGAAAACUAUCAGCAAGAGUACGACUCGGACGCACAGUCUGUGCUCACGAUCGGCUGGUCAUCCGGUCGCGUUGAGUACUAUCCGUUGUAGGGGUUACAUUGAUGCCAAGAUGGAGCAGCACUACUACUACUACACUCACGUAUGUUAAAUAAAUCAUUUUUUAAUAUGUU